AUGGUAAAAAAUAGAUAACCAGCCUAUGGCUUUAAGAAGCCAGGUUCCAAGAUGGAUGGCCCCUCCGCUCAGAGGGAAGCAGUGGAGCGUGCAAUGCCUGUCAGUGCAGGGACCAUGUGUAUCUGACGUCCCAGCGUCCCGGGUGACGUCUCCACGAUGUGGAGAGACGAAGGGGGGAACUCUCGCUGGAGCCGCAGCUUUAGAAGGAAGAGGCCGGUUGCCGGGACAACAUGUUUUGUGCGCACGCCCUUUAUCAAGUCUACGAUAAAGCGCUCUCCACUGCUUCCCUCUGAGCGGACAGGCCGUCCAUCUUGGAACCUGGCUUCUUAAAGCCACAGGCUGGUUAUCUAUU